UCUGACUGGUUAAACGGAUCAGUCGAGUGUGGAAGAGGAAUGAGAGAGGCAGAUAAAACAUGAGCUCUUCUAUAAACAAAACACAUUAAUAUACAGUGUCGAGAACGUUGUUGGGGGACAUCCAGGCCACCCUCAUCCAGAGAAGCACUAUUUUUAUUGCAAGAAGAAGGAAAACCACAAAGACAUGUGGGAACAGGAGGAAUUUGAGAAGCACUGGAGGAAUGAAUUUCCCGACGGUGAGGUGCCCAGGAUGAACCUGAGCUCCGUGGAGGACAUCGAGAUCGAGCUGGAGCAGUGCAAAGCGCGCCUGAAAAGCCUGCAGCAUGAGCUGGCGAUGGAGAAGUUCAAGGUGAUUUACCUGCAGACCACCAUUGCGCAGAAGAGGAAAAGUUACGACGCCGUCAGAUGGGGGAACAAGGAGGAGCACGACGCGGAGGUCGGGGCCACCAGAGCAGAGAAGACGCACGGGGAAAGCAUGCCAGCUCCGCCGGGGAUCAGGCUACACGCGAUCGGCUGCAAGAGCCUGGAGGAGCCGAGCGGAGUGCCGGCCAGAGGCAGCAAGACCGGUAAACCUAUCCUGGUUCCUCCGCGGAAAAAGUCCGCUUUGGUGAAGGAGAACAUUGCAGGACCGGGUUCCUCACAUCUCCGUGAGGAACGCGACAGGAGCAGACGCGACUCCGAGCGCGACAGCGACAAGGACUACGACGACGUGGAGCUCAACGAGAACUUCGUGCGCAAGAACCUGAUCGACACCAAGGUGCGGGAGAACCGCAACUCGUCGCUCAGACCCUUCCGGUACAGUAAGGAUUUUGAUUCCGGGGAUGACGGGAGAUUGUCGCCCUCCGUGCCGCUCCGAGCGAGUUACGGGUCGGGCCGCAGUACACCGGACCGGCGCAGUGACGGCUACCUCAGCUCCGAGCACGAGGACUCCUCAUCAGUGGAUUUUAACUAUAACACAGACGGUUAUGAUGGAGACGGAGCAGAGGACAGGAAGUCCCAGGAUGGCUCUGAGACCAUGCCCUUCAUCGACGAGUCUCCCACCAUGUCCCCACAGCUGUGUGUCCGGCCUGAUGGAGACCCCGUGUCCCCUACGCCACCUGACGGCCUGCUUCCUGGGGGCGACACGGAGAAGGGUUUGGAGAUGAAGAAGCUGGUGCUCUCUGGUUUCCUGGCCAGUGAGGAGAUCUACAUCAACCAGCUCGAUGCCCUGCUGCUGCCGAUGCGUCCUCUGAAGGCCACGGCUACCACGUCCAAGCCCGUGCUAACAGUGGAGCAGAUCGAAACCAUCUUUUACAAGAUCCAGGACAUCUAUGAGAUCCAUAAGGAGUUUUACGACGCUCUUUUCCCCAACAUUCAGCAGUGGGAUGAUAAGGUCACGGUCGGACAUCUCUUCCAGAAGCUGGCCAGCCAGCUUGGCAUAUACAAAGCCUUCCUGGACAACUACAAAAUGGCCGUGGAGACGGUGGAGAAAUGCAGUCAGUCCAACUCCCAGUUCCAGAUGAUCUCUGAGAACGUCAAAGUCAAGGGACCGAAAGACUCUAAAGACUGCACCACCAUUGUCACCAUGGAGGCGCUCCUGUAUAAACCCAUCGACCGUGUGACACGCAGCACCCUCGUACUUCAUGAUUUGCUGAAACACACUCCGAAAGAGCAUCCAGAUUUUGCUCUGCUGCAGGACGCGCUACGAAUCUCCCAGAACUUCCUGUCCAGUAUCAACGAAGAGAUCGACCCGCGCCGGACCGCCGUCACUACACCCAAGGGAGAGGUUCGUCAGCUGGUGAAGGAUGGCUUCCUGGUGGAGGUGUCUGAAGGCACACGCAAACUGCGCCAUGUCUUUCUCUUCACUGACUUGUUGCUGUGUGCCAAGAUGAAGAAAACUGCAGUGGGGAGGAAUCAGCAGUACGAGUGUAAAUGGUACAUCCCGCUGGCCGAUCUCACCUUCCAGACACUGGAUGACUCAGACUCAUGUACACAUGUCCAGACGCUUCCCGAGCACGAGAUCGAGGAAAUGAAAAUCAAGAUCUCCGUCAUCAAGAGUGAGAUCCAGAAAGAGAAGAAGUCACAGAAAGGCCAGAGCCGCAACGUCGACCGUUUGAGGAAAAAGAUGAAUGAGCAGGAGUCAUGUCUGCUGCUACACUCUCCAACAAUCCCUUUCCGCAUACACAACAGAAACGGCAAGAGCUACUUGUUCCUGCUUUCCUCAGACUACGAGCGGUCAGAAUGGAGAGAAAGCAUUCAAAAGCUUCAGAAGAAAGAUCUCCAGUCCUGUGUGUUGAGCUCACUGGAGCUCCAGGUCCUCACCAGCUCCUGCUUCAAGCUGCGCACUGUCCAUAACAUCCCUGUCACAACUAAUAAAGAUGACGAGGAAUCUUCCGGCCUGUACGGCUUCCUGCACGUCAUCGUCCAUUCUGCCACCGGCUUCAAAGAGUCAGCUAAUCUCUACUGCACACUCGAAGUGGAUUCCUUCGGCUACUUCGUUAGCAAAGCCAAGACCCGGGUGUUCCGAGACACCACCGAGCCGCACUGGAACGAGGAGUUCGAAAUUGAGCUGGAGGGCUCGCAGUGCCUGCGCAUCCUGUGCUAUGAGAAAUGCUACGACAAGUCCAAGCUCAACAAGGAUGACAACGAGAUCGUAGACAAGAUCAUGGGCAAAGGGCAAGUGCAGUUAGACCCCCAAACCGUACAAUCCAAGAACUGGCACGUGGAUGUGAUCGAGAUGAACGGGAUCAAAGUGGAGUUCUCCAUGAAGUUCACGAGUCGGGACUUGAGUCUGAAGCGAACUCCUUCGAAAAAGCAGAGCGGAGUAUUCGGAGUCAAAAUCAGCGUUGUGACAAAACGCGAGCGCUCCAAGGUGCCUUACAUCGUGCGUCAGUGUAUCGAAGAGGUGGAGAAGAGAGGGAUCGACGAGGUCGGAAUCUACCGCAUCUCCGGCGUAGCCACCGACAUCCAGGCGCUCAAAGCGGCGUUCGAUACCAACACCAAAGACAUCCUGGUGAUGUUGAGCGACAUGGACAUCAACGCCAUCGCCGGUACGCUCAAGCUCUACUUCAGAGAACUGCCCGAGCCGCUGCUCACUGACCGACUCUACCCGGCCUUCAUGGAGGGCAUCGCUCUGUCCGAUCCCGCAGCCAAGGAGAACUGCAUGAUGCACCUGCUGCGCUCUCUGCCUGACCCCAACCUCAUCACCUUUCUCACCUUACUGGAGCACCUCAAGAGGGUGGCUGAGAAGGAACCGGUGAAUAAAAUGUCGCUGCACAACCUGGCCACCGUGUUCGGCCCGACGCUGCUGAGACCGUCCGAGUCGGAAAGCAACAAACCCCACAUCACACUGGCCUCCGAUAUCUGGUCCCAUGAUGUCAUGGCACAGGUCCAGGUGUUGCUCUACUACCUACAGCAUCCUCCCAUCUCCUUCGCCGAGCUGAAGAGGAACACGCUCUAUUUCUCCACGGAUGUUUAACCCCGCCCACUCCUCCUCCCUUCUCCUCCUCCUCCUACACAAAGACACUUCCAUCCAUUCCCUCCUAACACCACCGUCCAUUUCCUGUACAGAAUUCCAGCCGCUUUGGGGGUAUACCAGACUGAGACGACUGCCUCCUCCACGUGCAGGAUGAGAGAGAGAAAGAGAGAGAGAGAGAGAGAGACCACACCCACUCUGCCCGAACGGAGAGCUGGAGACGGAGGACGAUAACAGCUUCCACAGAGGAUGCGUGUGUGUGUCUUUCUGUGGCCCUGAGGCAUGAUGGGAGAUUUUUACCAGCCCAGUUCAGUGACGUCGGCGCAGGAGAUCGGUGCAUUCGAACUCUCUGCUCAUUUUUUAUUUUUUUCUGUUAAUGUUAAUUUCGAGGCAUUACAGAAAACAUUCCUACACACCACGAUUUCCUACAUAUGUUAUUUCUUUAAGAGCUCUCUCUCUAGUUUAUUGGCUUUUGCACAUGUCUGAACAAAACUGUGUGUGUGUGUAGGAGUGUGUGUGUGUGUGUGUCCUUGCAUUUUCUUCAAGCUGAGGCUUCAGUAGGAGCUCUAUACUUGGGCCGGUCAUAUUUUAUUCUCUGUAGAAAAGCAGACGUUUCUCGACCAUUCCGAGGCCAAAAUCCUUUAUUUAUUAUAAAUAUCGUCUAUACAUUGUGCCUGUACAGUCCAUUACAUCAGAAUUACUUAGUUUGAAGGGUUUCUGUUUUUAAAUAGUGACUUUUAUUUAGAGAUUUUCUUGUUUACGGUCAGUGCUGACUGUGAGCUGUACUGUAAUCAUAAACACAAACUUCGGACCGUUAAAAUCGUGCUAGUUUUUUGGGUUAGAAUUGGAUUGAAUUGUAUGGAAAUAAAGCACAGGAUGCGACGGCUCCCCCUCCCCCCGGUGAUGAUGUGUGUGUGCCGUGGCUCGGACGCCACGUUCCCCUCGAUCAUCAGUGAAGCAGGAGGAUGGAUACGAAGCCAAAUCUCAUCUUUCUGUUUAUUUUUUAACCUGGGUGAUCGACCACGACGACUCGACAAAACUAAAUCUUUCUGCAGCGAAGCCAGUGACAUUCUCCUAAUCAGCACUGUUAGAUACCUGAUUCUCUUUAUGAUCAUUUUUUAAAAAUAUUGUACUUUUGCGGUAAAGAGAUUUCCGUAAUAAGGAUCAUUGUUGAUGUGAACAGGUUUUUUUUUUUCUUGUUUUUAGUAAAAAUAAAUAAAAGUGUACAGGAAAGCCCA